CAGGCGCACAGGUAGCAGCGGAUGUUUACAGCGGCCGAGGUCGGUGCGAAGCGACCGAAGCGUCCAAAGAACUGCUGUCGGAGUCUAAACCCGAGGGCCGCUAAGCGCCGAGGCCUGUUCCUCUGCCACCAACUCAGUCAUCUGAUUAUCUGGCCCUCUGCUCUCUUGGACCUGCACUGUUGGUCUCUGUUCUUGUCAGCGAAGAGUGGCUAAAGUGGGCUCCAUUCCGAUGUUUGGUAGGCUGUCUUUCUAGAAUGAGUCUUGCUUGAUUGUAAUCUUGAACAUGGGCGGUGCUGUGAGUGCUGGUGAGGACAACGAUGAGCUCAUUGAUAAUUUGAAGGAAGCCCAGUACAUCCGGACGGAUUUAGUAGAGCAGGCUUUCAGAGCAAUCGAUCGAGCAGAUUAUUAUCUUGAAGAAUUUAAAGAAAAUGCGUACAAAGACUUGGCGUGGAAGCAUGGAAACAUUCAUCUCUCAGCCCCGUGCAUCUACUCGGAGGUGAUGGAGGCUCUGGAUCUGCAGCCUGGGCUCUCAUUUCUCAAUUUGGGCAGUGGUACUGGCUACCUCAGCUCCAUGGUGGGCCUUAUUCUAGGUCCUUUUGGUGUAAACCAUGGGGUGGAGCUUCAUUCAGAUGUGACUGAGUAUGCGAAGCAGAAACUGGAUGUCUUUAUCAGAACAAGUGACAGUUUUGACAAAUUUGACUUCUGUGAACCUUCCUUUGUAACUGGCAAUUGCCUGGAGAUUGCUCCAGAUUGUUGUCAGUAUGAUCGUGUGUAUUGUGGAGCUGGUGUGCAGAAAGAACAUGAAGAGUACAUGAAAAAUCUUCUCAAAGUUGGAGGGAUCCUUGUCAUGCCCUUGGAAGAGAAGUUGACCAAGAUAACACGCACAGGCCCUUCUGCUUGGGAAACAAAAAAGAUUCUGGCCGUUUCCUUCGCCCCUCUGGUCCAACCCUGCCGUUCGGAGUCAGGACAGCCUAGACUUGUCCAGCUACCACCACUGGCCGUGCGCAGCCUGCAGGAUCUGGCCCGGCUUGCUAUCCGUGGCAGCAUCAAGAGGGCUAUGCGCCAGGAAGCCACCAGAGGAGGUGGACUGAAGAGCACACCUAUGUUUAAAAGAAGGCGACUUCGUCGCCGGCGAAUGGAAACCAUUGUCUUUUUGGACAAAGAGGUCUUUGCCAGUCGAAUUUCCAACCCCUCUGAUGACACCAGCUAUGAGGAUGCAGAGGAGGAUCGGCGGGAAGUGGCAGAGAGGACCUUACGGGAGGCCAAGCCUGAGCCACCAGUAAACUUUCUUCGCCAGAGGGUAUUGCGCCUCCCAUUGCCCGACCCCCUGAAGUACUACCUGCUGUAUUACAGGGAAAAGUGAGCUGUGGGAGAGUGGGACCAGGAUACCCAGAGCAAUCUGCUGGCCAGGUACAUGUGUCUUUUCCCUUUAUUGGUUCCUCACUAUCCUCUGAAACUUUCAUGCAAUGGUGUGAUUUUAUUUAAGCACAAUCCAACAAGAAACUUCAUUGAAUUAUUUCCCUCAGUAGGGGUGGGGUGGGGUGUGCAUCUUGUUGGCUCUACUGUAAUUUGAGCUCAUUGGGAACUGCAUGAUGUCUGUUCCUUAUGCAGGCAAACUUAUACGUUGAGGCUGGAACUGAAUUGUAUUGGAUCCUGUGUGAAGCAAGGGGCAUAUCUAUAAAGGUGUGACAUCUUUGGGUGUGACAUACCACCAUUCAGCUUGAAUUUUAUGUCAUGAUUCUAUUGUUGGCACUGAGUUCAUCUGACUUUUGUCGUUUUCUAGUUUGGGAAAUGUUGGAAAGCCUCCCUUAUUUUAAUCAAACUAAUCAAAUCUUAUGUGAAAUAUCUACUUGUAGUUUUUAAAAGGAAAAGAAAAUGAGAUGCAGGAGGAGGAAUAAAAUAUAAAACUGUCUUUCUGGAAAUUCCAAAGACUUCUAAGCAUUUGACCCCCCCCCCCCCCAUACUUUCUGUUACUUAUAGGAACCACCAUCAAGUAAUAUCUUACAGGAUAUUCUAAAAGGAGAACAAGUUUUUCUUACUUAAACAAAACAAAAGAACAAACAACAAAAAAAAUGUGAGUGAUAAGCUAGUCACUGAAUUGCAAAGACCAGAACAGGUUUCUAAAGUAUGUUAAUGAGAAUUUUCAGAGCAGAUAGAGAGACUGCAGGGUGUUACAGACAGCCCAUGCUUCUCGACUUCAGUUUGCUAUCUUUCUGUGAUCAUAUUAGAGUACCAAUUCGUAGAUUUUUAUCUUUUAUAAUUCUGGAGAAAAAAAUUGUUAGUUUUGUAAAUUUUCUUAAGAACAGAUAUAUGUAUUUUACUAGCUCCAUUGCAUUAGAGCAGUUUAACUCAGUGACUUGUGAAAUUUAUUAUCUCCAGGCCGUUGGUGUUGAGAACUAUCAAUUUUUUUUUAAAAAAAGCAACCUUUCUGGCUGUCAGAGUGCAGGACUUGAAGUAACAUUGAUGAUUCCAAAAGCUGGCCCUUAAAAAAAUUUUUUUAACCCAAAGAAAAUAGUGUAAAUUGUUAACAAUAAGCCCAAAUUAGUGUGUUAAUUUAGGAUUAAGUACUGAGAUUUUAUGAUUUAUUUUCAGCUUAGCCUCACGUGACUUGCAGGGAGAGGUUUGAUCUAUGAUUUCUCCAGCUUAAAUGGAUAUUUUGGAUCUUUCCUUUUUUCUUUUUCUUUUUUAAGUUAGUUGAAUCAUUUUACCACACAGUAUAGUCUGCAUGUAUAGCUGGUAAAACAUAUAUUGCCCUAUAUUAUAAAUAUAAUGUACACAUAUUACUUUAAAUAUAAGCUAUUUAAAGAAAGUUCAUAGUUGUUUUUACCUGCUUUUUAACUCCAAGUCAGGCUUCUUUUCUUUCAGAGAGAAAUGCAUGCUCUAACUUUACUUGCAAAUGUUUGUAGUUUGCAGAUCUUUGUUGAUGUUAACUCUAAUUGUUAGGUAGACUUCUAUGUUACCUGGAAAAUUUUUGACAUAAAUUUAAAUAAAUCUGUGAAGUCUGUAUAUUAGGUGGCUUGACUGAAUUUUUUCCUGUGAUUGAAUAUGGGUUGCAUUUUGAAAAGCCACAUUUGCCUUUAUGCUGGAUUAAAAAAUUACAAUGCAUAAGACUUUUCCUUUAUAUGUUAUAACUUUUCUUAGCAUUUUAUAUUUAUAUGUUAUCACUUUGUGAUUUUAAACCAUAAUUCAGUUAAAUAGAGUUAUAAUGUGAGGAAUAGAUUGGUCUUUAUAAAACCAGGGGAAAAUUGGAAUUUUCUUGUGAGUAAACAUAUUUUGCUGCCAGAAUUCAGUAUAAUGUACCACAUUCUGUUUUCAUACUAGUAAAUCUUAAUAUAGUCAAAUGUCCUCAGGAUCCAUACUAUAAACAACAUUGAAAAUUG